CCUCACUCCGGCUCGCCCGGCUCAGUGAGCGGCGGCCGGGGGGCGGCGAGGGCCCGCGGGAGAGGCCCGAUGUGCCGCGAGUCGCCGUGCCAGGUGACCAGCUCCCGGAAGGCCGGUCGCGGCCAUGGGCACUCUGGGCAAGGCGAGAGAGGCUCCGCGGAAACCUUCCAAUGGCUGCAGAGCUGGCCCUAAAGCAAGACUAGAGGCCAAGCCAGCUGCCAACCCUCUGCCUUCCCAUCCCAGCCUGGCCCAGAUCACCCAAUUCCGAAUGAUGGUUUCUCUGGGACACUUAGCCAAAGGAGCCAGCCUGGACGAGCUCAUUGACAGCUGCAUUCAAUCUUUUGAUGCAGAUGGCAACCUGUGUCGGAGUAACCAGCUGCUGCAAGUCAUGCUGACCAUGCACCGGAUUAUCAUCUCCUCAGCGGACCUGCUCCAGAAAGUCAUUGCCCUCUAUAAGGAUGCCUUGGCGAAGAAUUCACCAGGGCUUUGUCUGAAGAUCUGUUACUUUAUAAGGUACUGGAUCACAGAGUUCUGGAUCAUGUUUAAGAUGGAUGCCGGCCUGACCCACACCAUGGAGGAGUUUCAGGAGCUCGUGAAAGCAAAUGGGGAGGAGUUACACUGCCGCCUGAUUGACACAACCCAGAUCAAUGCGCGUGACUGGUCCAGGAAACUUACUCAGCGGAUAAAGUCAAAUACCAGCAAGAAACGGAAGGUAUCCCUGCUCUUCGACCACCUGGAGCCGGAGGAGCUGUCUGAGCACCUCACCUACCUUGAAUUCAAGUCCUUCCGGCGGAUUUCCUUCUCCGACUACCAAAAUUACCUUGUAAAUAGCUGUGUGAAGGAGAACCCCACCAUGGAGCGGUCUAUUGCCUUGUGCAACGGCAUCUCCCAGUGGGUACAGCUGAUGGUUCUCAGCCGCCCCACCCCGCAGCUCCGAGCUGAAGUCUUCAUCAAGUUCAUUCAAGUGGCUCAGAAGCUCCACCAGCUGCAGAACUUCAAUACAUUGAUGGCUGUGAUAGGUGGGCUGUGCCACAGCUCAAUCUCCAGGCUGAAGGAGACCAGUUCACAUGUCCCACAUGAAAUCAACAAGGUUCUGGGUGAGAUGACUGAACUGCUGUCCUCCUGCAGAAAUUAUGAUAACUACCGGCGAGCCUAUGGCGAGUGCACCCACUUCAAGAUCCCCAUCCUAGGGGUGCACCUCAAGGACCUUAUUUCCCUGUAUGAAGCUAUGCCCGACUACCUGGAGGAUGGAAAGGUCAAUGUGCACAAGCUGCUGGCCCUUUACAAUCACAUCAAUGAACUGGUCCAGCUUCAAGAGGUAGCACCACCUUUGGAUGCCAACAAGGACUUAGUACACCUGCUAACGUUAUCCUUGGAUCUUUACUACACCGAAGAUGAAAUCUAUGAACUUUCUUAUGCACGGGAACCAAGGAACCACAGAGCCCCACCACUGACUCCUUCAAAGCCUCCAGUAGUAGUGGACUGGGCCUCUGGAGUGUCUCCAAAACCCGACCCAAAGACCAUCAGCAAACACGUCCAGAGGAUGGUGGAUUCUGUCUUCAAGAACUAUGAUCAUGACCAGGAUGGAUACAUUUCUCAAGAAGAGUUUGAAAAAAUUGCUGCCAGCUUUCCAUUUUCCUUCUGUGUGAUGGACAAAGACAGGGAAGGCCUCAUCAGCAGGGACGAGAUCACAGCCUACUUCAUGAGGGCCAGUUCAAUCUACUCCAAGCUAGGCCUGGGCUUUCCUCACAACUUCCAAGAGACCACCUACCUGAAGCCCACCUUCUGUGACAACUGUGCUGGAUUUCUCUGGGGAGUGAUCAAACAAGGAUAUCGCUGUAAAGACUGUGGGAUGAACUGCCACAAACAAUGCAAAGACCUAGUUGUGUUUGAGUGCAAGAAGCGAGCUAAGAAUCUAGCAGCUUCCACAGAGAACAGCAUCUCUGUGGGAUCAAUGUCCAACCUAUGUCCACUGGGGACCAAAGACCUUCUCCAUGCACCUGAGGAAGGAUCCUUUACAUUUCCGAAUGGGGAGGUUUUAGAGCACAGUGAGGAGAGCAAGGAUCGCACCAUCAUGCUGAUGGGAGUAUCUUCACAGAAGAUUUCUGUGCGACUGAAAAGGACUGUUGCCCACAAGGCCACGCAGACCGAAUCGCUACCGUGGAUUGGCAGUGAGGGUCCUUCUGGUCCCUUUGUGCUUUCUUCUCCAAGGAAAACAGCCCCAGAUACUCUGUAUGUGCUUCCCAGUCCCACAUCUCCAUGCCCUAGCCCAGUACUGGUCAGAAAGCGGGCGUUUGUCAAGUGGGAGAAUAAAGAAUCUAUCAUAAAAUCAAAGGAGGAGCUACGUCGCCUAAGACUUCCAACCUACCAAGAGCUGGAACAGGAAAUCAAUACUCUGAAAGCAGAUAAUGAUGCCCUAAAGAUCCAACUGAAAUACGCACAGAAGAAAAUAGAAUCCCUUCAGCUUGAAAAAAGCAAUCAUGUUUUCACUCAAAUGGAACAGAGCGAUUGUUCUUAGCCCAGAGACGAAAGCAACACAACCCUGUAAAUGACUAUAGCACAGAUCUCAUUUCUUAGACUGAAAGAACUGGGACACUUUACACUGUCUUUUAGGGCAUACUGUAAAAAGGAAAAGCCAGUUACUCCAUGCAGCCCCUGCCAAAAUUCUUAAUGUAUAGGUGACUUAGAGGACAACUGAAGACAUUUUUAGCCAUUCAUGCUACGAACCUUAUGUGGAACUAACUCCAGAAGUGUGGUAAAACAUGACUAGUUACCGGAGAGGUUACUGUCUCACGUGAGAUUCUUUCUCAGAACUAAAACCUCUGGAAAAGGAAUUCACUUCCUCCACAUGUUUUCCGUAAGCUGAGGGAUUUACGCUUUCCCAUCAGAGCUUGCUUAAAAUGAAAAAACAAAAAUCCAUAUUCUGAAAGAUUUAUGUCCUCUAAGUCCCAGCACUCUUUGAACUGGUUCCUACUUCACUACCUCACAUCUGAUGAAUUACAAUUCGCCUCUUUUACCUCCUUCCUCACUACACUCAUAAACGCGAUAGCUACUGAGCGUUUCUAGAAACGUAGCCAAAACUUUCUCGGGGUAUAUUAAACAACAUGCCAUUAUCCAACUUCAGGUCAAUUCAUAGUUGUGGUCUAAGUUACGGUAAAAUAGUAAUCUAAUUAAGUAACUGAAAACAUAGCUAACAUCAUCUCAUAUACUACUGGCUAGUUAGCUAAAAUCAAUAUACUGCAAAUCUGUCUUCAUUCUACAGUAGAUAGAAUUAGGCAUUUAUGCCACUUUAAGGAGGCAGACUAAAGAACGGUUUAAUUCUUCAUUUUCCAUCUUUCUUUUUGAAGUAAACUGAAGUACUCUUUUUGAACUCAAUUUGUGCUUAUCUGUCUACUGUUUAGAAGUAUGCUAACUGAAUUAGUGGCUUACGUAAGAGCUGACAGCAUGUAUAUAUGUAUAUAGUGUGUACAUACAAUAACAAGCAUGCAUGUAGCUUGGAAUUUUGUUUCUACAGAAAAUGUGCAAGUGAAUCAAACAACUUUAAUCAUUUACACAAAUUCACAAAGUUCAGUUUCUUGUAAAACAGAGAAGUUAUAAACUGCAUCCUGAACAGAAUUGUAAGUAACAGUCCUAUUUUUCUGUUAUGAAAGCUAAUGAUAAAUGGGCUCAUAUGGUUGCCUGGUCAGCUACUCAAAAACUUGUUUUAGUUUGAAAAAAAAAAAAGUAUCUGACCAUUUUGUUUCCUAGGACUUAGCUUCCUCGCUUGGGAACUCUGGUGCUGUACUGAGUUCCAGCUCAUACACAACCUGACCAAUUGCCAAGAUUAUGACCUUAGUUAAAACAUUCAAGUCUAAAACCAACAGCUUAAGUCUGAUGAGAAGGCAAAAUUUGGCUGUGUUGCCUGUCCAGAGGAAUCAGAUCACUUAGGAACUUCUCCGAUAAAGCCCAGUUUUCACUGGUUUACCUCUUUGCACUGAGUUUUAGUGAUAUAGAACUAGUUUACAGUGUUUCAUUAUGUUUUAAAGAAGCACUUUACACACAAAUGUAUCCUUUUCUAAAUUCAAACUUAAAAAUCUCAAAAUCCAGGUCGACUAUUUUAUAUAUAAACUUACUCUAGCACUUUGUUGCUUGCUUCAUAUGGAACAUGAAUUCAUGACAGAUUAUAAUUUAGUACUCUACUUUCUUCACUGUUACUCUUUUCCUCUGAUUCAGACCAAAGAGGGUAUAGUUCAGUUAUUUUUAAAUAUAUCAUGGAAUGUAAAAUUGUUCAUUUUUACCCUUGAUCCAAAAUAAGGAUCCUAUUUUAUAUAACUAAUCUAUAGGAUUUCAAAAAUCCCAUCAGUGUAAUUAGUCUGGCUAAAGGGUCUCAAUAUUUCAAAUCUCAUCACUAAAAUGGGUAAAAUGAAGGCGCUUAAGCACAGAUUUCCUAGUUCAUCAAGAGCCAAAGAAUUAUAGUGGAUAAGUCAGGAUUAUUCAUGUGGAGCUAGAUGGAUUAGUGGAGCCUAAGAACUAAUGUGAAACAAGUUUUUGUUUAUGAAGCCAAGGAUGUAAAUUUGUGUAAUGUACCGAUUUAAAAUGUUGGGCAAAUAUUUGUCUGCCAAAAACAAGGAACAAUUUUAUUAAUAGUGAUGUUACCUGUCAUUUUGUUAAUGCACUUGCCUUUUUACUUAUUUGUGAAUUUCUGUCAAAAGAUGUAUGCUGUAAACAAACUGCAAGG